AUGCGUUCCUCACUGUGUCAAGCCGCCGCCAGCUUCGCCCUCCUUUCGCUGGUGGGCGCUCAAUCCCUCCCCGAAGAGCUGUCCGACGCCAUCUCCGACUACCCUACUCUCUCCCUCUUCCGUUCCCUGAUCGUCGCUGCUCCCCAGGGACUCACCAAGAGCUUCUCCGAAAAGUCUACCGACAUCACGGUCCUUGUCCCCACCAACGAUGCUAUCGAGAAAUACCUGAAGAAUGCUGGAGUCACAGACGUGACUGCGCUCGACGAGGAUGACAUCCAAGUAUUUUUCUCCUACCACAUCAUGGCCGCGUCGCUCCAGUCUUCGGAUUUCGACGACCCCAAGGGAAAGACUGUCCCUACUCUGCUCCAGAGCGAAGAGUUCAACAACCGAACUGCUGGACCGGACCUCGUUCAAGAUUUCGGAAAGCAGGCUACUGGUCAGGUCGUGUUUGCUUCGAAGGUUGAUCAGAGCGGCAAGAAGGAGAAGCGACAGCAGAUCAAGGGAGAUGAGGUGAACCUGCGAUCCGGUCUGGCCCAGGAUGUCACGAUGACUACUAUUGAUGGCAAAUGGGGACCCAAGGAUGCCAACACCUUUCAGGUUGUCAACAGCGUUCUUCUCCCUCCCAGGCCCUGCUCCGUCACCGUCCGCACGGUCACAGUCAAGGACAACAGGCUCGAAGGUUUGGACAAGGCUUUGAACGCCACCGGACUUUGGCCUGCGCUUGACCACUCUAAGAACGUCACUUGCCUUGCGCCUUCGACCAAGGCCUUUGAGGACGCCGGCGAGCUGUCCAAGGAGGAGCUCACAGGAGCGCUCCUCGCCCACACCCUGGACCAGGUCACUUACACCGAUUAUCUCACCGACGGAAUGGUUAUCGGAACUCUCAACAAGACUACCGUCCGUGUCUUCAUUAAGGGCGAUGACAUCUACUUCAACAACGCCAAGGUUAUCAAGGCCAACGUGCUCACUAACAACGGCCUGAUCCACAUGCUUGAUCAGGUCAUCCAGUCUUCGGGAGAGCCCAGCAGCUCAGCCAAGGGUGUGUCUCCCAGCGAAACCUCCACCACCACCGAAUCCAGCUCGACAACAACCGAGACUGGUGCCGCCCAAUCGACCAAUGCUGCUAGCACCUUGUCAUUUGGCUAUGCUGGCGCUAUUGCCUUGAUUGCUGGUCUCGUCUUGAACUAA